GGCAGUCGCUAGCGACUGGUUACGCUUGGCCGUUGUGCGCGUUUGUGCUUCUGUUUUGUGAGUCGUGAGCAUACGACGAACGCGAGCAAGCAACGAAUUUCUUAUAAUAUUCGAGGUCGUCAAAACGCAAGUUUUCAGUUUAAAAAUCGCACUUGUCGGAGCAACACAACAGAACAGAAACGAAAGAAAAUAGUAGAGGGAACAAAAGAACUAAACAUCUGCUGCUAGCUAAUAUAGAACUGUACACCAAGCAAACUUGCAGACAGAUAACCAAACAAAUAGAAUUCAAUUUAAAUAAAUAAUAUUAGAUUAAAACAAAAGAAAUAAUUAAAUUGAAAUCAAGUUUUGAGAUUUUUAAUUGAAAAAAAAAAAACAAACGAAUUUUGAAACGAGAAUUGAAACAAAUUAAACAAAAUCUUGUGAUGAAAUAGAGUGAGUCUUGGAAGCGAAAUCGAAGCAGAUCGUAUGCAUCAUGUGAAAUGAAAGUAAAACUGUGAAAUUUAAUACAAAAAUCACACACAACUCACUAGUUUUUCAAAAUAGCUUCAAAAAAUAAAAAAAAAAAACAUAAGACAGAAAAAUAAACCCAAAAAAAAAACUCAGACAACAAAGAAGCAGAGAAAUCGCCAAAUUAAAUUAUCAGCCAGCCAAGCCAUCCCCACAUCAAAGAAAAAAAAAACCGAAAACAAAGACAAGCCCCGAGAUAACCUUUGUAAAGAACAUCUCUCUUUUCGGUGUCUAUAAUUUUGGAAAAUUCUUGAAAUUAUUGUGGCUUUCAAAGUGAAUUUAAGAUUAGCAGCUGAAAGCGUAGACAAAAGAAAAAUUUUGCAAAAAAAUAACGUUGAAAGAAAAAAAAAGAUAUUAAUCGCCCGCAAAGCUUGUGUGGAAAUUAAUCAGCCGCAGAAAUAUCGAAUGAUCGAUAGAUAUCAGCCAACAAAAACUCCUACUCCUCCAUAAAAUGGCCAAGAAAUAAAAAAGGAAAAGCCGAGAAAUAAACUAAGAAAUUGCCGAACAAUAAACUAGCCUUCAUAAAAAAGUGUAAUCAUAAUUGAGGAAUUUCUAUUGAAAAGGAGGUGUUUUGGAACACACACACAACAGGAGGAGUACCAACGACUUUUGACGCAUAACAUCACACCACAAUAAAACGUAAUCAUCGAUUUUUGCGGAGCGAUAACAACAGAACUUGCCAUAAAAAAACCAAACGGCCAAACGGCAGUAAAUGCGAUAGCCGUCAGCUGCUGUCGCAGUUUACUUUUUUUCGUAUUUCAUACAUUUAUUUAUUAUUAUUAGCAGCAGCAGCAGCAAUAUUGGCUGCAUAACUCAACAAAUUAGCCAAUUUACGUUUCAUUUGUCCAUAGACUUAACCAAAGGCCGGAGUGGUGGUGGUUAAGCAGACAGUCAAACCAAUAACUACAUUUGCACAGACGAAAGUCAAGUUCCGAUACGGAUACGGAAAUCGAUAGAAGACCAGUGCUAAGAAUAACAUUUCUCAUCUUCGUGUAAUUUCUUCGUAUUUAGAAGCUUAAAGCGCACCCAAAAACCAAAAACCACCAACAAAAUGAAUAGUUUGGUCAAAGUUUUCAGUAAUUUUAAGGAAUUCUACAGUGAAAUCAAUGGUGCCACAUUGACGGGUGCCAUUGAUGUUAUUGUCGUUGAACAGCCGGAUGGUGAGUUCCAGUGUUCACCAUUUCAUGUACGUUUCGGCAAAUUGGGAGUGCUCAGGAGCCGCGAGAAAGUGGUUGAUAUUGAAAUCAAUGGCGAACCGGUCGACAUACACAUGAAACUCGGUGAAUCUGGUGAAGCAUUUUUUGUUGAAGAAUGCCCCGAAGAAGAUGUGGAAGAGUUGCCAGAUAAUAUGGCAACAUCGCCCAUACCCACAAAUCAUUUUCCCGAAAAAUAUUUGAAAAAUGGCACUAGUUUAGAUAAUGACAACGAUUUAGAUAAAAAUGCUAGUGAUACGCUGCAAAUACCCAUGACAUUGCCAUUGCCCCGACGUAAUUCCAUUGAUUUCUCUAAAGAAUCUGCUAAGGAGUCCGAUGAACCAUCGCAUAAAUUUGAGAAUCAAAUUUCAGAUUAUAGCCAUAGAAGACACACUGAUAACACCUUGGAAAGGCGUAACCUUAGCGAAAAGCUCAAAGAGUACACCACACAGAAAUUGCGUCAAGAAUGGGCUGAACAUGAAGAAAUCUUUCAAUUCGAUGCUAUCGAUAAGGAUAAGGAUUGGAGUAACAGCACCCAAACAGAUGAAAAACGUCUGGAAAGUGAGACCAAAGAAGAGGCAGAAGCUAAAAAUGCAGUAGAAGAAACCAAACAGCCACUUGUGGAAUCAUUAGAUACCACCUUAACAUCAUCAGCAGCAUCACAAAAUGUUGAGAAACCAGAAACUGCAACAACCACAGUUAGCAAUAAAAACAACUUACAGGUGCAGGAACAAAAAUUAUCCUCCAACACCGAAAGCAUUAAGGAGGAAUCAAAGAGUAAAAAGAAACGCCGCAAGAAGUCUCAAAUGAAAAAGAAAAAUGCUCAACGUAAAACAUCUUCCAGUAGUUCUCUGGGUAGCAAUACCCCUGUCGAUGGUACCCCCACCACCGAGGAGAACAACUCUAAUAAGGCAGCUGAAGAUGCUGACACCAGCUCUCUAUCGAUCUCAAAUAAUACUAAUAAUUCAUCCAAUGAUGAGGCAUCACCAAAAUCUGUGGAUGCUGUUACCGCCUUGGCUGGUGAUGAAAGUCAAGCUUCGGAACAGCAGCAACAGUGCAAAACAUCACCCAUCACGCCCACCACCACCUCACGUAUACAUGAUUUAGAUAUACAUUUCUUUUCGGAUACCGAAGUUACCUCAUCGGGUGGUAAUGGUGCUUGUGGCAUUGGUCGGGGUGCAGGACGCCCCUCAUCGCCCAUACAGAGUGACAGCGAAUUAGAAAUAUCGCUAAGGGAAAAGGAAACGGAUAGUGAUCUAAUGACAUCGUCAGCCUCAUGGAAAUGGGGUGAGUUGCCAACGCCCGAGGUAAAGCCCGAUGUAAAUGCUGACAGCCAGGCGGCUCGGGCCCAGGCUCAACACAACUCCAUGUUGAGCAACAUGUUUAAUUUCAUGAAGAAGAAUAAUAAAAUGCGUAAACAGGGUAAUGAUGGUGGCAUCUAUUUGGCCGAUGCCGAGGGUAUGGAUCCCGAAAUGUUGGCCAUGUAUAUACCGAAUGCCAAUUCAGCUUCAAUUUCCAAAGAAAACUCCCCAGCCGUGGGUAAUUUACAGGGUCAGGAUGAUGAUCGUGAAAGUGGUAAUGGUACUUCGUUGCCACAUUCGCCCAGUUCGUUGGAGGGCCAAAAGAGCUUAGACUCGGACUAUGAAGAUGGCAAGGCGCCAGAUGGAAAGUAUUUGGACUUUGUGGCCAUGUCCUUGUGUGGCCUACAGGAAAAUCGUGAUCCCUCGGAUGAGGAAUUUGAACGCAAUGCCAUCAAAUAUAAGGAUGUCUGUGAAAAUCCCAGCAUCUUUUCAUCGCCGAAUUUAGUGGUCCGCCUUAAUGGUAAAUAUUACAGCUGGGCGGCUGCAUGUCCAAUUGUCAUGACCAUUAUAACUUUCCAGAAGCCUUUGACUAAUGAUGCCAUUGAACAGCUUAUGGUCAAUGCCAAACAAGAUGCUGCCGCCGCAGUUGCUGCUGAGGCAGCCAACAAGGCCGAUGCCGAGGCUGGCACACCCACAGGCACUCAAAAUCAAGCCAAACGUUCCUGGUGGUAUUGGAGACGUUCACAAAAUGUCAAUCAAGCCGCGGCCGUGGCACCAGCCAAUAGCCAAAAGUCAGUGAAAAUUGAGGACAAACAAGAAAAUUUGGACCAAACCGCUGUGGCCACAACCCAAACAUCACGUCCAAAUUCCCCAGAUUUCAGUGAUCGCACUCUAAGUAAAACCGAUUCCACAAUGAAUGCCGAAAAUACCUCGGCCAUUAUGGAAAAUAUGGAAGAUCUGUCGCAGGCCUCGUCGAAGAGUGAAUCCACAGGGGAUAAGAAUAAGAAUGAACACUACAAGAAAUCAUUGCGUCUUAGCUCGGAAGCCAUUAAAAAACUCAACCUCAAAGAGGGAAUGAAUGAAAUUGAGUUCAGUGUAACCACCGCCUAUCAGGGCACAACACGUUGCAAGUGCUAUCUCUUCCGUUGGCGUCACAGUGAUAAAGUUGUUAUAUCGGACAUCGAUGGUACCAUCACAAAAUCCGAUGUUUUGGGUCACAUUUUACCAAUGGUUGGUAAGGAUUGGGCCCAAUUGGGUGUGGCCCAGCUAUUCUCGAAAAUCGAACAAAACGGCUAUAAGCUGUUAUAUCUUUCGGCUCGUGCCAUUGGCCAAUCGCGGGCAACCCGUGAAUAUUUACGUUCAAUUCGACAGGGUGAUGUGAAGCUGCCCGAUGGCCCAUUGCUAUUGAAUCCCACAUCAUUGAUCUCAGCCUUCCACCGGGAGGUGAUUGAACGUAAACCAGAACAAUUUAAAAUUGCUUGCCUCUCGGAUAUCAGGGAUUUGUUCCCCAACAAGGAUCCCUUCUAUGCUGGUUAUGGUAAUCGUAUAAAUGAUGUCUGGGCCUAUCGUGCUGUUGGCAUACCCAUUAAACGCAUCUUCACAAUUAACACCAAAGGAGAAUUAAAACAUGAGUUAACUCAAACAUUCCAAUCCUCUGGUUACAUCAAUCAAUCCCUGGAAGUUGAUGAAUAUUUUCCUGCCCUCUAUGAUGAUUUCGAUUAUAAGACCGAUGUCUUUGACGACGACGAGGAGGAGGAAGAGUUGAAAUUCAGUGAUACCGAAAGUGAUGAAGAUGACAUUUUCAGUGAUGAGUAUUUGGAUGAUGACGAUGGUAUUGUCAUUGAUGUCUCGGAGACAACAAGCAUGAAUAGUACCUCCAUGGAAACGGCAGCCACCAAUAAUAAUAGUUUACACAGCAGUGAUACCUAUACGCAGCUAAACAAUAGCAACAACAAUAAGAAUGAAGUGAUAUUAAAUACUUCUUCGGUGUGUUGAAGAUACCAUAUUCAAACACCUGCAAUACUCUCAAUUUCUGUGUGAGAGAGAGAGGCAGAGUAAAGAAGGAAGGAAGGAAAUUAAAAGAUAUAUGAACAAACCUCCCAAAUAUAUUUUUAACAAAACAACAACUACAGCAAUACUAACAUCAACAACAACAAAAAUUGUGAUAUUUAUUUACCUGGUUUUUUAGUAUGCAAUUAAAUUGCUUUUAUCCUUAGAUUUAUAAGUGUUUUAAAAUUAACAAUUUUCAAUUGUCCACAGCUAUGUGUAACUAUCUGUAUCCUAUAAGAGUAUAUAUGUAUCUAUACCCUAUAAGAUGUGUCAACUAUUCCCAUUUCCGUUUAGAUUGUUAACAACUAAAAAAUGUGCAGUUGCAACAAAAUAAAAGUAUUGUCGGUAAACGAUAUCAUUUAUUAGUUACAGAAUAGUAUUUAAGUUAUUAUUUAGUCCCAUAAGUCUUGUUAAGUUUUGAUGUUAAUUUAUGUGCAAUAUGUGUGUAAGAAAUAUUGUAUUUUUAUAUAAGUAUAAAAAAACAAAGAAGCGUUACAUUCAGUACCUUUUUAAUUUUAUGUUUUUUUGUAAAGCAAAAAAAGUAAAACGUUUUAAAGGUUUCCAAAAAGGGCUUUCUAUAUUUUUAUACUUUUCGUUUUUUUUUUUUUUUUGGUAUAUGAUUUUAGCGAAACAAAGUUGCCUUAAUUAAAUAAACAAUUAUCAUAAUAAUAAUUAUGUUUGUAUGUGUAUACAAAAAAAGUUUUUAAAAAAAAAAUAUAUGAAUGUAUUGUAAAUACAUAUUUAAUAUUGUGAUGAUUUAUAAAACUAAGUUAUAAGUUAAUUUAGCUAGCUUUGUCAUCGUCUCCCUAAUAUAUACAUAAACACACACCAUGACAAUGUUUGGUAAAAUAAAUUAUUAAAAAAUUUUU